AUGGCAACACAUUGUUCUCAUUAACAACAACAAUAACAACAAACUGUGAAGGGUAAAUUUUGUAUUAAAUUAUUUAUUCACUGCGGCUGAAUUAAAAACAAUUAUGUAUUCUUCUUUGACUCGAUUUAUUCGACCCUUGAGGAAUAUUCGAUCUUCUGUUCUGUUCCAAAGCAAGCCAACAUUUGCCACCACUGCUCGUAUUCUCCAAACUCCUGAAACUUCUAAAACUGAACACAAACCUACUAUUAGACCAACGAAUGAUUUGAAAACCGCUCAACUCAGUGAAUACGGAAUCUUUAUAGCUGAAUGUCUGCCAAAAUAUGUACAAAAAGUACAAGUCGCUCUCGGCGAUGAAUUGGAAAUUAUGAUUUCGCCUGAAGGUGUUAUCCCUGUCCUAACAUUUCUCAAAGAUCAUCACCUCGCACAGUUUGAAUCCUUGGUAGAUAUUGCUGGUGUUGAUAUCCCUACUCGUGCAUACAGAUUUGAAGUUGUCUACAACUUGUUAAGUUUGCGUUACAAUGCCAGAAUUCGAGUUAAAACUUACACUGACGAACUUACACCAAUUGAUUCAAUUUGUGGUAUUUUCAAAGCAGCCAACUGGUAUGAACGGGAAAUUUGGGAUAUGUUUGGCAUAUAUUUCAGUAAUCAUCCAGAUUUAAGAAGAAUUUUGACUGAUUAUGGAUUUGAAGGGCACCCUUUUAGGAAAGAUUUCCCUCUGAGUGGUUAUGUUGAAGUUAGGUAUGAUGAUGAAGCCAGACGUGUUGUCGUCGAACCAUUAGAGUUGGCUCAAGAAUUUAGGAAAUUUGAUUUAGUUGGACCUUGGGAACAGUUUCCUGCCUACUCAGCGGAGGCUGCUAAUGUUCAAGAAGUACCAUUACCCACUGAACCAGUUGAAAAAAAGUAGCUGCUUUAAAUUUGUUUAAUAAAUUUUGAAAAUUUUA